AUGAGGAUGAUUUGCGAGAAGAGGAGCCUGAGCUCGAUCGAGCUGAGGAUCGAGCUGAGUCGAGCUGAAGAUCAGAGGAUUGGACUUCUCCAAAAGUUCAACAAAUGGCAAGGGAAAGCCAUUGAGAAGAUGCAAAAGUCCAUGGACAAGAUGGUGAGCAAGAUCAAAAGUUUGGAGAAGAAGGUUUCUGGUUCUUCAAGCAAGAAGAAGUCCAAGGCCCCCACAUUCCCUAGGAGUAGGUCACUCCUCACCACUCCAAGGAGGCUCCCUGCCCAAGAGCCUCACAGAGCCUCUUCUUUCGAGCCAAGGGAAGGAGAAGACAACACGCAGAGAAGGAGGAAGAGUUCCAAGGCCAGACGCUCCAGCUCGACCACCGGACUCGAUCGAGUCCAAACAGAGGAAACUCAACUCGAUCGAGCUGAGGUCGAGUUGACCUGGAGGAGCCCCAGUUUGAGGAUCCGGGAUUUGAAUACGAUCCCAUGCCUUACCAGGAGCCUCCCCGAGUAG